GGCCAUACCAACUAACUCCAAGGAUACAUGACAUGAAUGAAUGAAGGAUUCAGAAAACAUGGUUACUCCUCGACUCAACCAUAACUAACAUGCUUAUGCUCCUCUUCCUAUUCCUCUUCUUCCGUGCGUAGCGCGUGCCACUCCUACUUCUCUUCAAUCUGCUGCAAAACUCCAUUUCCAUUUUCUCACAUUUCCUUAACAUUUCCAACGCUCAGUGCCUUCUUCAUUCACAUUUAGCUUCUUUUCCCUAUUCUCUCUCAACCCAUUUCGCCUCACAUUCUCAAUCCUUCAAAAGUUUUACCCUUUUCUUAAUUUAUUAAUUGAAUCUUAUAUUUUUCUUAUUUGAAGGGGACAGGAAAAAAAAUAGAAACCUGGUAAAUAUUAGUUUACCCGUGUUUGAUCUCUCUUUUAGAAAAAUAAAUUAUCGUCAUUUAUUAUUUUUUAGUGUCACCCUUCUGGAUCUGAGACCCCUUUUGGGAUCUGUUUAUGAUGGAUAUGAAAAAUACGAGUUUUUAAUUUUAUAUUUUUCCCCAUAGAGCGGGGAAUUGUUUUGCAUUGUCAAAUCUUAUGGGUUCGUUUGGUGAUGGAUUAAUUGGAGUUCAAUUUUUUUGAAUUGGUUUAUGAUGAUAUCGCAUUCUGCUGAAUUUAGGAGUUUUGUUUUGACAUGAAUCACCCAGUAAAGCCAAAUUGGAAUUGGAAUUGCCAUUAAUGUCAGAAUUAUAUAUAUCAUGAUGGGAUGAAUUCAAGACCAUACCAUGUGGGCCUGUUUUAAAAGAAACUAUAAAGUGAUUGUGGUGAAGACUUAUCCUUAUUCCUUCGCUUGAAUUUACAAUUUUUAGUUAGUCAAUACAUAAGUAUAGUUUUUUGUUGUCAAUCUAUACUCCAAGGGGAUUUUUUUAUUUUUAUUUUUUAUUUUCUGAGAAUAGCAGUGAUUGCUGGGUGAGAGAAUAGAGGUGAGAUGUUAGCUGAAGGUCCUGAGAGGGGACGGUGUGGGUUAUUUUGAACUUUAAAUCAAGGAUUUGCAAAGUCUUCUGAAUCCUGAUUUUCAGUCUUCACGGCUUUGUUAUUUUAAAUGGAUUGAAUCCUGAACAUCAUUUGAAUGGAUCAAUGGAAUGUUAUGGAGGCUAAUUAGAAGAGAUUAGUGUUAAAUUGUGAAAUAUAAACAAGAACAUGGCUCCGGCUAGCAAGGCUGAGAAGAAGGCAACAGUGGACGCAGCUGCAUGGGUGUUCAAUGUUGUCACUUCUGUAGGAGUUAUCAUUGUAAACAAAGCUUUGAUGGCCACUUAUGGCUUCAGUUUUGCUACAACAUUAACAGGUCUUCAUUUUGCUACUACAACUUUGAUGACAACCUUACUAAGGAUUCUGGGAUAUGUCCAACCUUCUCAUUUACCCUUACCAGAGCUUCUAAAAUUUGUUUUCUUUGCUAACUUCUCUAUUGUUGGAAUGAAUGUCAGUCUAAUGUGGAACUCAGUUGGAUUCUAUCAAAUUGCUAAGUUGAGUAUGAUCCCUGUAUCCUGCCUGUUGGAAGUUUUUUUCGACAACAUUCGGUAUUCAAGAGAUACAAAACUGAGCAUAGGUGUUGUACUUUUGGGUGUUGGUGUUUGCACUGUUACUGAUGUGAGUGUUAACACAAAAGGUUUCGUUUCUGCCUUUAUGGCAGUGUGGAGCACUUCUCUGCAACAAUAUUAUGUUCAUUUCCUUCAACGAAAGUAUUCACUAAGUUCUUUCAACCUUUUGGGACACACAGCACCUGCACAAGCUGCAUCACUACUUUUGUUAGGCCCUGUUCUAGACUAUUGGUUGACAAACAAUAGAGUUGACAGAUAUGCUUACAAUGCAGGUUCUUUGAUUUUCAUAUUUAUGUCAUGCACUAUAGCGGUUGGGACCAACCUCAGCCAAUUUAUCUGUAUUGGCAGAUUCACUGCUGUCUCUUUCCAAGUACUAGGCCACAUGAAGACAAUACUUGUUCUAAUAAUGGGAUUCUUUUUCUUUGGGAGGGAAGGUCUCAAUGUUCACGUGGUUCUAGGGAUGGUUAUAGCUGUGUUUGGAAUGAUAUGGUAUGGGAAUGCCUCAUCAAAGCCUGGUGGAAAAGAGCGUUUGAAUCACACUCUCCCCACCAACAAAAUAGAAAACCGAUAGUUUCACUUUCACAGCAUUCACUCUUUUGUGGGGGGUUUAUUUACAAAAGUUGAGAGCAUAAGAUGGUAGGUGAUUAUUUAUAGGGAGGUAUUUAAUUGUUUUAAAUUAAAACCUUAUUAUUUCAACAUCAUUUGCAAUUCUUUAAAUUUUAUUUCUUGUUUUGGAUUCCAGUGGAUAUUUUUCCUCAUAGGACUGACUAGGUUCCAUGCAAAAUUUUCAUCUCUUUCA